AUGACUAGUUUGAGUGAAGCAGAAGUUGGCAAAGCCAACAAGCGAAAACAAGGUUUGGCACCCUCCACAAUGGAAUCUGCCCGUCGGUUUUUGUAUGACGAAGAUGUCCCUGCGGCAGCUGGAAAUGUACCAGUAAGGCCUCCGAGAAAGACUAGCCUCAGUGGUAGUGAAAAGCGAUUGAAUCCAGUUCAGGCUGCCUUCAUGGCGACCAUGACUACCUGUCAGACGUAUGGAAACAAACGACUACUCUACAUUGCGGCUGGAAUUGUCGGUAUCGUCCUGUUUUCCAUGGGAAUCCACAGCCUCUCUUCUUCCGGUGCCAAAAAGGUUGGCACAGAGCGUCUGCAAGGUUUGCAAGCCAAGAUUGUGGAAGCCCAAGUGACAUCUCAGGAAGAUUUUGCCAAAACUGGAUCAGUGCAAUACCAUGCACUGCAGUGGCUGACCAACAAUGAUGAAUCCCAAAUUAGUGAAGAUGAUGAAUUUCUGAUUUCUCGUUAUAUCAUGGCUGUCUUUUUUUACAGUCUAUCUGCAGAUAAGGAUCAUGUCAAACCUGAUUCUGGAUGGAAGACUCAGGAAGGUUGGAUGACAUCCACUGGAUACUGCAGUUGGUAUGGAGUCACUUGCGUUGGAGGAGAUGAAGAAUCUGGCAAUGCUCAGAUUGAAUCCAUCACGCUCGACAACAAUGGUUUGGUAGGAAGUCUACCAUCCGAGUUGACUGGUCUGAACUACCUGAAUAUUCUCAAUCUUGGCACCAACAACAUUGGAGGAACCCUUCCCACAGAACUGGCCAACGUGAAGGAUCUUCGCUUCUUGUUGUUGUCCAAUAACAACAUCGAGGGUACCAUUCCAACUGAAUUUGGAUCAUUCAACUCCAUCCGGCAUUUAGAUCUGGGACACAAUGAGCUGAGUGGAAGUAUUCCAUCCGAGCUGGAGAAAUCCUUUACUUUGAAGACUUUGGACCUCCACGACAACAAUUUGGAAGGAAACAUUCCCGAAUUUGUCGAAUUUGAAGGACUCAUCGAAUUGAAUUUGGCAGCCAACAAUCUAAAGGGCAAAUUGCCUCCAUCCUUUGCCAAGUUGACCUCUCUGGUGGACCUUCGAUUGUCCAACAAUACUCUGACUGGUCAACUUCCAGCAGAAAUGGAAGCCAUGACCCGACUCGAAUUUCUCAUGCUCGACCGAAACAGUUUCAUUGGAUCAAUUCCAUCGAAACUUUUCUAUCAAGUCACGCGCUUGCAACAUUUGGAUCUGCAAAACAAUGAAUUCAGUGGAAGGAUUCCCGAUAGUGUAUCCCGUUUGGUGGACUUGAAAUCCUUUAUUGUGAAUCAUAACGCCUUGACUGGAAAGAUCCCACUGUACGUUGGAUUGAUGUUGGAUCUGGAAGUCCUCGACUUGGCAUACAACAAACUGACGGGCGACAUUCCCGAUCAGUUCACCUCGCUCAAGGACAUUGCCAAAUUGCAUUUGCAAUCGAAUCAACUGAGCGGAUCCAUCCCCACCACCCUUGGUUCGUUGAGACGGUUGCAAGUCAUUGAAUUGAAUCACAACUCGUUCAGCGGGCCAAUACCGAGUGAACUUGGGUACAUCCACACGCUCAAGGACUUGAAACUGUACGACAAUGGUCUGGCGGGAAGUGUACCUCCAGAAAUCUGUGAACUGGUGAAAGAGGAAGCACUCGUUUAUUUGGGGGUUGACUGUUCCGUCACUUGUGCAGAAGGUUGCUGUACAAAGUGCUUUGACUAA